AAUUGGAUUGGGAAGGAUCAGUCGUGGAUAGUAAUUCGGUAUAAAUAGAAGUUAAAAUUAUUUAAACGGAGUUUGCCGUUUAAAAUUUUUUUGAUUUUUAAAUUGUGAAGUGCUGGUGCCGUAUACAUCCGUACAUAGAUUAAAAAGCGUGACAGUCAUUUAAAUGCACGCAGCACAACAAAUAAAACUCAACAUACCUGAAAACUGAGAAGCACAAAAACCAAAAGCAAAAACAAAACACGCAAAAUGCAACACCUAGUUGACCGCCAGCGAAGUUUCGUUGGCCCCUAUUUGUUGUCGUUGCUCGUUUUAUUGCCGGCAUUGCUCAAUCAGAGGCAUCACGUGGCUGCAGUUACACCAAUUAACUCGGAAGCAAUGAAUGAAAAACAACAACAGCAACCAACACAACCCACAAUACAGCAGCAGCAACAAAACCAACAGCAAAUCAACGCAAAGCCAAACAUAAUAAUUAUGUUAAUAGAUGAUAUGGGCUUUAACGAUGUCAGCUUCCACGGUUCGAAUCAGAUAUUAACGCCGAACAUUGAUGCGCUCGCCUACAAUGGCAUCAUACUGAACCGUCACUAUGUGCCAAAUCUAUGCACACCAUCACGUGCGGCGCUGCUCACGGGCAAAUAUCCCAUACACACAGGUAUGCAACAAUCUGUCAUUAUUAACGAUCAACCAUGGGGCCUGCCACUCAGCGAACGUUUGCUGCCCGAAAUACUACGCGAUGCCGGCUAUGCAACGAAUUUAAUUGGUAAAUGGCAUUUAGGUUUCUGGCGCAAAGAGUUGACGCCUACAUUGCGUGGUUUCGACCAUCAUUUCGGCUACUAUUCGGGUUACAUAGAUUACUACAAUCACACAAUGCAUAUGCUGGAUCGUAAUUACACGGCCGGCUUGGAUUUCCGUCGCGACUUGUCGCCAUGGCCUGAGGCGGAUGGCCUUUAUGCGACUGAUAUUUUCACCCAGGAAGCGGAACGUGUUAUCUACCAACAUGAUGCGGCGGCAAAGCCUUUGUUUCUGCUAAUGAGCCACUUGGCCGUGCAUACCGGCAAUGAAAACAAUCCAAUGCAGGCGCCGGAAGAAGAGGUGGAAAAGUUUUUGCACAUCAGUGAUGAAAAGAGGCGCACGUAUGCAGCGAUGGUCUCGCGCUUGGAUGACAGCGUUGGCCGCGUAAUGCGUACUCUCUCCAACAAAGGCAUGCUGAACAACUCAAUAGUCCUGCUAUACUCAGACAAUGGUGCCCCUACGCUGGGUAUACAUUCGAAUGCGGGCUCUAAUCAUCCUUUCCGCGGCCAAAAAGAAUCACCUUGGGAGGGCGCUCUACGCUCGGCUGGCCUCAUCUGGAGUCCGCUGUUGCAGCAACAGAGUUACGUUUCCAAUCAAGUAGUGCAUGCCAUCGAUUGGCUGCCCACAUUAGCUAGUGCUGCUGGCAUAACACUUCCGUCCGAAUUGCAACUGGAUGGUGUCAAUUUGUGGCGUGUGCUUAGUGAAAACGGCGCCGCACAACCUCGACGUCUUAUUCACGUGCUGGACGAGUAUGUCGGCUAUAGCGCCUUUACGCGUGGCAAUCUCAAGUAUGUGAAUGGCACGAGUUUUGAUGGCCUCUACGAUGGCUGGUUGGGUGAUUUGGCCGCAAACGAACAAGACCCCACUGCAGCGUAUUAUGCGCAACAGGUGCUUUCAUCAGAGGUGCAUCACGUGCUCGGUAGUGAAGCGCUUAGUGUGGCGAUGGUGGAAGAGCUGCGAACUCAAGCAACACAUAACUGCCCUGAUAAUGUGGCGAAUUACACAGAGGCUGUUUAUCGCUGUGAACCGUUAUUAGAACCUUGUUUCUUCGAUAUCGAAAAAGAUCCAUGCGAGCGUUAUAAUUUGGCUAAACUCUAUCCACUGCAGGUGCAAUUGUUGGCACAAGAGGUCGAGCAGUUCAGGCAGGGUGCGAUGGCGAGUGUACGGCAAGUGUUUAGUGACCCACGUUGCGAUCCGGCAUUGCACGGUGGCGUUUGGGAAUGGUGGGCAGAGAAGUCGGCGGCUAACCUACGAUGGAAUAUACACGUUGGAGGCGUAAUGGUGAUAACUGCGGUGGUUAAUGUGAUAGCGAGUGCUUGGCGCGGAAUACUGGCGGAGCUCUGCACUUAGUGAAACAUAAUUUUAAACUCUCAGCUUCAAAAAAUGUUUACUGCUUUUAAUUAUUAUUUAAUUAAUACUUCGUAGUUAUAAAAAAUUUAUAUUAUAUAGGAACUAUUAUUUAAGAACUUAGA